AUGGCGACGGGCAAGCUAGAUGCGGAGAAAGAGAUGAAGCGCAACCCGCACGGCGACUUCAAAGCCGUCGAAGCAUCGCGACCCCCUUUCGAUACUACGGCAAAGUUCCACUACACCCAAACUCCCAAGCCAGACUGGAGUGCAGGAGACGGUCCCAAUGAGCCUUCUAGCCUGCAAAAGUCGCAUCGCCAAAUUGACCCCUACGCUGAAGGGCGUCCUGUAGUACACAACUACAAACUCCUCAUCUCCGCCAUCAUCCCGCGCCCUGUUGGAUUUACCUCCACAAUCAGCGCAGAUGGCAAGUCCACGAACCUGGCUCCCUUCUCUUACUUCAAUAUGGUGAAUCACGAUCCUCCCAUGUUCGUACUGGGAUUUGCAGGUGGCAUGGAUCGAGCCAAGGAUACACUGAAGAACCUGCUGGACACGAAAGAGGCGGUCAUCAACAUCAUCACCGAAGAGUAUAUCGAAGCGGCCAACUACACGAGUAUCAACGCUCCAGUAGGCGUGAGUGAAUGGCCGUUGAGUGGGCUGCAUGCAGAGAAGAGUACGUAUGUGAAGCCAGACAGAGUGAAGGAGGCGGUGUUUAGUAUCGAGGGGAAGCUGGUCAGUACAACAGAGUGGACAUCGAAGAACCCAGCUACACCAAACAAGAAGACUGGUGUGACUGCUUUCAUCGAGGGCGUCAAUUUUUGGGUGCGGGAAGAUGCUAUUGAUGAGCAGGGUGUCUUGAUAGACGCUGCGGUCAUGAAGCCAAUCUCUCGCCUUGGUGGUAUCACGUAUGGGCGCACUACCCAGGCUUUUGAGCUGCCACGGCCAGAUUUUGACGAGGUCAUGAAAGAUCCUCAGGUUGCUAAAUUGGUGAAGCCGAAGGCAGACUCGCAGCUGUAA